CGCGGGCAGCUUGAUGACGUCACUGCGUUCGGACGCGCCCCGCCCCUGAGCAGUCCUCGCUGCCCCGCACCGCCCAGCUCGCCGCCAGGGGACGCCAGUGGGUAGAGUGUCUCCUUGGCAACCACUUGCUCCUCCCCCUUCGCCCCUUUAACCUUUAGGGUGCGCGAGUGCAGAGUCACUCACGCUGUCUCCCCUUUCCCCCUCCCUGACCCUACCCCUGGCGUUCAGUUCGGUCUGGACCGGAAGCGAAGAUGGCGGCUGCUGCCGCGGCCUCGGCAGAGCUGGUGAUCGGCUGGUGCAUUUUCGGCCUCUUACUACUGGCUAUUUUGGCAUUCUGCUGGAUAUAUGUUCGUAAAUAUCAAAGUCAACGGGAAAGUGAAGUUGUCUCCACCAUAACAGCAAUUUUUUCUUUAGCAAUUGCACUUAUCACAUCAGCACUUCUCCCGGUGGAUAUAUUUUUGGUUUCUUACAUGAAAAAUCAAAAUGGUACAUUUAAGGACUGGGCUAAUGCUAAUGUCAGCAGACAGAUUGAGGACACUGUAUUAUAUGGAUACUAUAAUGAAGAAAUUGAUGGGAGAGAUGUUCAAGAUCACUUUGUUAGUGAGUGAUAUAGCUCAAAGUGGUUCUUAUUUCCACAUCUGGAGCUUCUUACUGUUAACUUUGUAUUCUGUAAUAUUGUUCUGUGUGUUCUUCUGGAUUCCUUUUGUCUACUUCUAUUAUGAAGAAAAGGAUGAUGAUGAUACUAGCAAAUGUACUCAAAUUAAAACGGCACUCAAGUAUACUUUGGGAUUUGCUGUGAUUUGUGCACUGCUUCUUUUAGUUGGUGCCUUUGUUCCAUUGAAUGUUCCUAAUAACAAAAAUUCCACAGAGUGGGAAAAAGUGAAGUUCCUGUUUGAAGAACUUGGAAGUAGUCAUGGUUUAGCUGCAUUGUCAUUUUCUAUUAGUUCUCUCACCUUGAUCGGAAUGUUGGCAGCUAUAACUUACACAGCCUAUGGCAUGUCUGCGUUGCCUUUAAAUCUGAUAAAAGGCACUAGAAGCGCUGCUUAUGAACGUUUAGAAAACACUGAGGACAUUGAAGAAGUAGAACAACACAUCCAAACUAUUAAAUCAAAAAGCAAAGAUGGUCGACCUUUGCCAGCAAGGGAUAAACGCGCCUUAAAACAAUUUGAAGAAAGGUUACGAACACUUAAGAAGAGAGAGAGGCAUUUAGAAUUCAUUGAAAACAGCUGGUGGACAAAAUUUUGUGGCGCUCUGCGUCCUCUGAAGAUCGUCUGGGGAAUAUUUUUCAUCUUAGUUGCAUUGCUGUUUGUAAUUUCUCUCUUCUUGUCAAAUUUAGAUAAAGCCCUUCAUUCAGCUGGAAUAGAUUCUGGUUUCAUAAUUUUUGGAGCUAACCUGAGUAAUCCACUAAAUAUGCUUUUGCCUUUAUUACAAACGGUUUUCCCUCUUGAUUAUAUACUUAUAACAAUUAUUAUUAUGUACUUUAUUUUUACUUCAAUGGCAGGAAUUCGAAAUAUUGGCAUAUGGUUCUUUUGGAUUAGAUUAUAUAAAAUCAGAAGAGGUAGAACCAGGCCCCAAGCACUCCUGUUUCUCUGCAUGAUACUUCUGCUUAUUGUCCUUCACACUAGCUACAUGAUUUAUAGUCUUGCUCCCCAAUAUGUUAUGUAUGGAAGCCAAAAUUACUUAAUAGAGACAAAUGUAACUUCUGAUAACCGUAAAGGCAAUUCAACCCUUUUUGUGCCAAAGAGAUGUGAUGCAGAUGCUCCUGAAGAUCAGUGUACUGUUACCCGGACAUACCUAUUCCUUCACAAGUUCUGGUUCUUCAGUGCUGCUUACUAUUUUGGUAACUGGGCGUUUCUUGGGGUAUUCUUGAUUGGAUUAAUUGUAUCCUGUUGUAAAGGGAAGAAAUCAGUUAUUGAAGGAGUAGAUGAAGAUUCAGACAUAAGUGAUGAUGAGCCCUCUGUCUAUUCUGUUUGACAGACUUCUGUCUUAAAGGUUGUGUAAUGCUGACUGAAUAUCUAUUAUGCAUUUUUAAAGUAUUAAACUAACAUUAGAAUGAGCUAACUAGCUUUCAUCAAAAAUGGGAGCAUGGCUAUAAAACAACUAUAUUUUAUUAUAUGUUUUCUGAAGUAACAUUGUAUCAUAGAUUAGCAUUUUAAAUUACCAUAAUAAUGCCAUGUAAAUAUAAAACUACUGGCUUUGUGAGGGAAUGUUUGUGCAAAAUUUUUUCCUCUAAUGUAUAAUAGUGUUAAAUUGAUUAAAAAUCUUCCAGAAUUAAUACUCCCUUUUGUCACUUUUUAAAAACAUAAUAAAUCAUUUGUAUCUGUGCCUUAGGUUCUCCAGAGUGAUGUGGAAUUUUAAAGUGUCUCUAUCUGAUUGCUUCCAAAUAAUAUUUACAGUAUAGCUGAUGAAUGUUACUCCCAUAUGCAACUUGUUUUCAGUUUUCUGCAUAAAAUCGUUAGUGUCACUCAAGUAGAUUUCAUGAAAAGAUUUCAAACUACUUAGUGCUCUAAGAGCAGGACAUUCCAAGAUGUUAUAUUGUUCAAAUAUUAAUCCAUUAGAUAUCUUACAACCUCUACAGUAUUUAAGGCAUAUAUAUUGUUAUAGGUAGCUUUUGUUUUGUAUCUGACCUCAGCAUUUGUAUUCCAAUAUAAAUAGGGGUAUUGUCAAGAAUAAUCAAUACUGAAAAAAAUUAAUUUACAUAUUACUAUAAGAUAUAUGGCAUCAUAUUUUGGCUUUAGAGAUAGUUUUUCAUUCUAAAGAUUUGAAAUUUGCAAAAGCUGUAAUGAAAACUCUAUGACAUCAGUAGGGUAUUUUGAACACAUUCUGGAUAGUGAGAAAUAAUCAAAAAUUAUAUUCUAGUUUACUAACAUAAGCAUAUUAGAACUCAUUAAAAAGUAUUAUGAUCCUUGAGGUAAAAUAUCGCUAAGCUUCUUUAAAAGGUUUAGGAAUUAACAACUAUAUCCAAGUUAAUUCUUCUCUCCCUUAAUUUUUGUGCCAUUUUUUUCUGUUCUGAUUCUUUGUCUCUCUUGAUAAACUUUCACAGCUUUUAUAUUUGCCUUCUGCUUCUUCAACUACCCUUUAGGAUUAUUCACCAGAAUUUCAUUCCCUUUUGUUCUUAUUUUAAAUUUUCUUUGUGGGCAGUCUCACAUACCGUUGACUUCUAUCUAUACUACUUUUUCCUAAGCUCUGACUUUGACCUACCUUUUAGCUAGAAAUUACUGCUUCAACCACAACAUUUUGAAAAUUGAAGUGCUCACUUUUUGGGGGGCCAAACUAAGACUUCUUCUGUAUUCAUUUUUUGACAAAUGCACCAGCAGAGACUUGAUUGCCUAAACAAAAAAUCAGGCAGAUCUCCAUAUCUCUUGUAUAUAAUUAACUCAUCAAACAAUCAAGUCAUGUUAAUUUCUACUUCCUAUCUUUCCAUUUGUCCCUUCUUCUCCAUUUUUACUACCACCUUCUAUGUUACAGGCUGAAUUGUGUCUGCUUACAAUUCAUAUGUUGAAGUCUUGCCCCUUGUGCUUCACAGAAUGAAUGACUGUAUGUAGAGAUAGGACCUUUUAAAAGUAAUUAAAGUAAAAUGAGGCUGUUGGGUGAAGUCCAAAUCCAAUAUGACUGGUGUUCUUAUAAGAAAGGGAAGAGACAUCUAGAAUGUAUGCGUACAAAGAAGAGGCCAUGUGAGGAUUCAAUGAGAAGACCAACAGGAGAGGCCUCAAGAGAAUCCAGUCUUGCCAACCUUUUAAUCUUGAGCUUCCAGCUUCCAGAUCUGUGAGAAAAUAAAUUUCUGUUGUUUAAGCCACUCAGUUUGUGGCAUUUUGUUAUGGCAGCCAAAGCAGACUGAUAAACUCUUCCCUAUUCACAUAGCACCCUGUACAGUAUAUUGUGAUUUAUUGCUUUCAUGUCUGAAAUAAAUCAGAGACAUGUCCGCUAGACUCCCGAGUACUUAAACACAACAUCUGGUUUUUCAGCUUUGUUCUUGGUGCCUAGAAUAGCUUCUUACACAUGGAAAGCAUUCGGUUGACAGGUGAAUUUGUUAGAAAGAAUUUGUUAGAAAGAAGUCUUAAGCUUGUCUACAUGGUUUAAGCAUGAAUAAACUAUUUUGAUUAAAGAGGAAUACAUAUUUAGCCUGUUCUUGAGACCAAUUUUGAAACCUAAAAGGUUAGAAGUAUUAUAUUUGUCUUGAAUACUACAUAUACUUUUCAUUACUUUUGGGAGUGUUUUGUUGGUUUCCGUCAGACCAACUUCUUAGCUUUUGACUUUGCUCAUUGUAUUUUUUAAGUAUAUGUUUUCAUCCUAGAUUCUAUAAAGUUUCUAUGUAUUUAGAAUUUUACUUUUAUUCUAACACUAAGGUAUUUUUUUCCUCCUAGUCAUAUGGAAUGCCUUUAUUAACUUUGUAUUUUCAUGAAGCUGAUUUGUGUUACGGAUUCCAGUAAUGAAGAACGUAUUUCCUUUGAAGUCCUGAAAAAUGCCUAAAUCGGAGAUUAUCUAGAGUGACAACUUUCUAAAAGGCCAAGGCUGUCAUGUUCCAUGUAAACUUCAAACAAGUGAUUAUUCAUCCAUGUAACAAGGUACUGGUAGAAUGGGGACCCUGGAACUGACUUCUAGCUCAGUGCUACCAUAGCAAAGGAAAUGAAAAAUGCAUAUUGCAAAAGAAAAGGAAACACAGGAGCUUCAGGAAAUCAAAAAGCAAUACAGAAAAUAAUGUUUUAAAAAUAUACUACUACUGAGCUCUUUAGUGAAAGAUAUCUACAUAGGUCAGUAAUAUACUGUUUUAGAAUCAUUUCAUAGGCAAACCACAGUAAACAUUGAUUAUAGCACAGAAUUUAAGUAUCUUUUUAUGAUCACAUAAAAAGAAAGUUGUUAAAAGCUGGAAGAUUGAAGAAGAGGGGUAGAAAGAGACCUAACAGGAAAAGUCAUGUUUAUAUCCUCAUUUUAUGAGGGGGAUGAUGGAGAGAAGAGAGAUAUUAAGAAAUAUGUCUCUGGUAGAGGGAGUAUAUAUGUUGAAGGGUAGUGGAAUAUGCCACCCCAAAUAUGCCAUUUUGGCAAAAGAAUUAUUUUGAGCUUAAAACAGCAGAUGCAAGAAGGAUGCUUUGACUACCCCUUUUUCUUCCUAAAACCAGGAUAUAAAACUCCCAUAUGGAAGAUGUCCUCUCUCUACCAGAAGGAAAGUAACAUUUUUGUCACCAGGGCUAAAAAAACCUGUACAAACAAACCUUAUUAAACUAACUUAUUGUAUUAGUCCAUUUGCAUUGCUAUAAGGUAAUACCUGAGGCUGGAUAAUUUAUAAAGAAAAAGGUUUAUUUGGCUUACUGUUCUUCAGGCUAUACAAGCAACCUGGUACCAGCUUAUGGUGAGGCCUCUGGAAACUUAAAAUUAUGGCAGAAGUAGAAGGGGGAUACCAUGUAUCCCAUAGUGAGAGUGAGCAAGGGAGAGUGGAGGAGGUUCCAGGCUCUUUAAAAGAACCAGUUCUAGCAUGAAUUGAUACAGAACUCACUCACUACCACUAGGACAGCACCAAACCAUUCAUGGGGGAUCUGCUCUCAUGACCCAAACACCUACCACCAGACCUCUCCUCCAACACUGAGGACCACAUUUUAACAUGAGAUUUGGAGGGGACAAACAUCCAAAAUAUAUCUCUUCUCUUCUUAUUGUUCCACCAUUUUCUGCCCUAGCCCCAGCCUCUCUGUCUUGUCACAUUUUCAUAAUUUACCACUCUUUGUCCAAUUUAGUAUAUAAGCAUCCAACUCUUAUUGCCCCUUUGAGGUUUUAUUUCCUUUUGAAAUCUUCUGUGUCAUGAAAAAAUUAUGUUAAAUAAAUUUGUAUGCUUUUCUCCUGUUUAUCUGUCUUUUGUUAUGGAGCCCCAGCUGGGGCUCCUAAAAUGGACAGAUAAAAGAUUAUUUUCCUCCCCUGUAGUUGAUUAAAGUUAUAGAGGUAAUCAAUACAGCAUCUAAAAUGGUAAUACAGGUUGAGUAUCCCUUAUCCAAAAUGCUUGGAAACAUAAGUGUUUUGGAUUUUGAGAUUUUUAUUUUAGAAUAUGUGCAGAAUAUAUACCAGUUGAGCAUUCCUAAUAAAAAUAUGAAAUCCAUAAUGCUUGAAUGGAUAUUUCCUUCAAGCAUCAUGUUGAUGCUAAAGAAAUUUCAGAUUUUGGAGCAUUUCAGAUUUUCAGAUUAGAGUUGCUCAAUCUGUAUAACAAUGUUAGGAGAUGGAAUAAAAGGGAAGGAAGAAGAACAUGUCUUAAGCGAAAUUCUCUUACUAUAGGAAGUCAGUAGGCAAUAUUUAAAUAAAGAUAAAAAUAUUUAAGGGAGAAAUUUUAUCAGAAGAUAAUAGUCAUUGUGAUUAUAUGUAAAUAUGUCUUAGAAUUUUCUGGCAGCUGAGAGAAAAGAUGAUGGAUAAUGAUUUUAUAUCUGAUAGAAGAAAGCACUCAGUUUUUCUCCUGAUAAUUUUUUCUGGCACUAAAAUAUAGAAGGAAGUUACGUUGUGAAUUCUUAUAUAAAGAAUGUUAAUGAACAAAUGUCUUUACUAAAGUUUAAGUAGAGAGACCAUAUGCAAAGAGACAGAAUUUGAAAUCUCCAGGGGAAAUCUGGUUGGCUAUCAAGAAGUCUCAAAAUGGAUUAGUUUUGUGUGUAUGUAAUUUAUUCACUCAGCAAACAUCUAAACUUCUUAUUUCAGGCACUGGCUAGUGGCUACUGAGUUUCUACCAUUAAAGAAGAUAGGACACAUCAUUUUAGAACUUGAUCUAGAAAUGUGUAGCCGAAUGGCCUUUGGCAGUAACUGGACAUGGUCAGUAUCUACUAAGAUUGUAUGUGUCUGAUAUUAUGAAUAAAUAUACAUAAAAGAAAUCACUUUAUCAAGUUACAGUUAUGAUCAAAGAUAUUCCAAUUACCAGAAUUUUCAUAUCUCCAAACCACAACCCAUCCUCUCCUUGUAGCAUAAUCAGAAGGUUACUUGAUGACUGUAGGAUUGAAGUGAUGUGAGGUAGGUAGCAAGGGGCAUUUCAGGCAUUUUGUGAUGAUGCUUGAUUAAAUAUCCACCCUUCUUCAGCAGAGACCACUCUAAGGGACCAGAUGGCCCAAGUUGCCCAGAUUGAAUUGUGCUACCUUGGACAGUCCUUAACACAUAUAUUGGCUAUGCUUAAAUCUCAGCUGACAUACUUUAUUAGGUUUGUACAUAUAGAUUAAGCUACACCUCGGUUUUAGGAAAGUCACUCUUCUGCCCUUUCUCCCUUUCCAUGCAUAUUUUGAUAUGGUAAGUUUUAUUGGAGACUACCUUAUUCUUCUCAUUGGCAAAAGCACUAGAAACACUUCUAAUACUACUCAUAAUCUUCACCUGUGAUUUCACAGGAAAUUUGAACAUUUUCUUUGUACAACAAAGCCAAUAAACAAAGAUUAACUUGUAACCUAGGGAUAGGAUAGCAUUUCUCUGGAGAACUAAGCUUUUAUGGUCAGGAAUACAGUUUUCUGUGUGGUUCCCCCAUAGGCUUCUAUCUGCUUCAGCUCUACACUGAAGCUGCUGGAUAGUGCUUAAGUCAAGUUCCCUGACAAGUAUGUGUGUAAAGCAAUGUCUUCUGUUACCCUAGAAGACAUUUUUGAUAGCAGAUGAGCAGACAACAAAGUUAACAUUUGAGGAAAUUAGGACAUACUCAGAGUACCAUAUUUCUACAUCAAGAGGUGAUGUUUCUGUUGACCAAAACAAAAUUCCUAUAAAAGAAAUUAUUUUUUUACUUGUAUAGAAUUCAUCAAGUGGCUCCCCAGCAGCAUCUAUGAGAUACUAGAUUCUGGACCUUGUUCUGAACCUUAUUCUAAUACUUGAUGAAAAGCACUACCAAACUUGAUAUCUACUGUCCUUACCAGUUCAAGUUCUACUUUCUACUCUUAUUUACCUGAAGCUUUUUGAAAACCUGAAGUGUGUGUGUAUAAGUAAAUAUUUAUACACACACAGAAUCUCCAUUGAUGUAAGGGAACACCAGUCUUACCAGUAAAAGAGUAAGUUAAAGGAAAUGUAAGUUUAUUCCUAAUACAUAGAAUAUCUCAAAUGCUGACAAAACUAUAAUUAAGCCUUAAAAGACUUCUGUAAUGAAUUUACUGACUCAUUCACUUGAACCAGAACUUGAGUGCCUAGUAUGUAUCAGAAACUGCUAUAAAAUGGAGAAACAAAUGAAAACACAAAAUGGUGCCUAUUUUCAAAGGUGUUUAGAAGCCAGGGGGCAAAUAAACUCAUAAAUAGAAAAUUAUAAUGUCACAAAUGCUAUAAAUGCAGUGAGGCUACAAGUGAUACUCUCUUGAGCUCAGGAAAGGCUCAAAAUUCUUGAGAUAAGUAAAUGCUAACCAAAUUACAGGCAAUAAAUUGUCUAAGCAGAAAGAAUCUGGCUUUGGUGAGUGGGGAAACUUCCUGAAAGGGCUGUGUGGCUAGAGGCUAUGUGACUAGUGGGCUGUGUGACUGGGAAGCAGGGCUGCUGCAUAAGAGGUAAGACAGAUGGGAAGCCUAAGAACAAGAGUAGAGCCUGUGUCAGCAGUACAAACAUGUGAAACAUGGGAACCAGAUGUCUCCCUCAAAAGUAGACUCAGCCCUGGGAAAGAGGGAAACCCCAAAUCAACUGACAUUAAGUUUCUGCUCCCUAAGUGGUAUGAGAAACAAGUCAGUACAGAAAUAAAUUCCAUAUCUUGCAUGCCUAAGUUUGCAAAAUAAAGUUCACACCAAAGCUAAAUAUUCUUAGUUAUAUCGCUAGUAAAUAUUCUGAUUUUAACUUGUCAUUUAAUUGUUCUGUAAAUUAAUCACUAGUGGGAUGGAGAAAACAUUUUCACGUUUACAUUGUCAAAGUAAAACCUCCUUAAGUUAUACUUAUUAUUUCAGAAUGUUUGAUUAUUUUAGAGGUUGGCAAAGUUUUUCUAUGAAGGGCCAGAUAGUAAAUGGGCUUUUCAAGACCAUAUAAGAACCCUGUCACAGUUUUUUCCCUUUUUAUAACCCUUUAAAAAUUUUUUUUAAAUGCUGGGAUUUGGUCUCCUGGCUGUCGUAUGCCAACCCCUGAAUUAUUCUGAAUUAUUUCAUUAAUCACUUUGCUUAAGGUAGUUGGAGCUUGGUGGAACAAAGACAAGUAGGCUAAAGACAAACAUAAACUUAGAAGGGAGAUUAUUAAUAAGAAAGAACUCUUUUCAAAUGCUUUUAGCACAUUGCAUAAUUUUUUAAAGGCCAAAUAACUUCUAUUCUGAGUUUAAAGGUGAUAUGAACUUGUAAAAUAAUUCAAACAACUCAGAAAUUGUGGCUGAACAAGAAAGUGAGUGAGCAGAAUGUGUACUGAUCUUCAAAUUUAUUUGGGGACCAUUCAUCACACACCUCAUAUGGAACCCAGUUGAAAUGAUGGACAAGCUGAUCUCUAAGUGACCUUUACCUCUGACAUUUGUGACCUAUUUCUUUCUUUUGGUUAAAGAGAAUUAUAAGGGAGUCUCCAGGGUUAAAAAUUGUUGAGUACAAGGAGUUUUUCUCUCUGUGCCACAGUUUCCUCAUCUGUAAAAUUUCGAUAAUAACACUAACCUGUUCAUGGGAUUAUUGAGGGCACUAAAUUAGUAUAAAAUACUUAGUAUAGUGCCUGUGAAGUGGUAAACUCAAUAUUUAUUCGCUACUAUUGUUACUGUUUCUAAGAUGCUUUAUUUCAUUAUGCCCUUUAAUCAUCAGGGCUUCAAACCCUUUCAGAAAUGCACCUUAACCUCCUUUUACAUUGCUGUCAUUGCUUGUCUUCCUGUACUUUAACCCCUAGGUUAAGUAACUAUGAGUCAAAAAGCAAGCACUUAGUUGUAUUAUGAGAGCUCAGAGCAUUAAAAACCCUACAGAGUAAAUAUUUUUGAGACUAAAAAAAAAGGCUUUUGUAAUGUAAAUCAUGGUUAUCAUCAUCUCUAUUUUUUUAUUAAUGAUCUUUUCUUCAAACUGUAUUUCAAAACUCCAAAUAAUGAAAUGCAAGAAUAACACAUUACAAUUAUUUCCAGCAUAGAAGCAGUCAGAGCACUUAAUUACCAAGAACAAGCUAUUGUGUUCCACCUUUUUCACAUUGCUGCCCUCAAAAGACUACAGUGUAUUCUUCAUCUACCAGUUUUGUUUCUCAGUUUAACAUACAAAUGAAAGCUUUCUCUUCAGUUUUUCAUGGGAACAUUAUGAAUUCACAACUAACAUUUGUACAAUUUUUUUUAGGAAUGAAUAAAAAGUUGUACACAUACCAUCAUUGCAGAGUACAAAAAGUAAAAUGGAAAGAAACAUUUGCUGUCACUUCACAGGCUAAAAUUUGCAAUUUAAUACAUAAGCACCUGUUUCCUCACACACCUCCAAUAAGCUCACUGCCCUCAAUAGCGUGGUAAAAGUAGAAAGAGAAGACUUACUUGUGUCAAAAUCUGUAUUAGUCUGUCCUCAUGCUGCUUUGCAGAAAUACCUGAGACAGGGUAAUUAUAAAGAAAAGAGGUUUAAUUGACUCAUAGUUCUGCACAGCUGGGAAGGCCUCAGGAAACUUAAAUUAUGGUAGAAGGGGAAGCAAACCUAACCUUCACAUGGCAGUGGGAGAGAGAAGUGCAAACUGAAGGGGAGUAAAGACCCUUAUAAAACCAUCGGAUCUCCUGAGAACUCACUGUCACAAGAACAGCAUGGGGGAGCCACCCCCAUGAUCUAGUCACCCCCAGCAAUGUCCCUCCUUCAACACUUGGGAAUUGCAAUUUUUAUUUCAAUUCAAGAUGAGGUUUUGUGUCGGUACACAGCCAAACCAUAUCAAAAUCUAACAUGGGUUGUUUAAUAACUGGGUGAUUUUUGGCAAGUUAUUUUGCUUCUGUAAGUCUGUCUCUUCAUCUGUGAAAUUGAGUCACAUUACCUACUCUGUUGCAUUAUCAAAAGGAUUUACAGUACCCAGAACUUAGUAGACACUCAACCAGGAUCACCAAGAACCACUCAAAACACAAAGAUGGAGGCCUAAAAUGGAAAAAAAAUGGGAAGCACAAAGUUGGAGGCUAAAAUGAAUUAGAAUGCUUUUGGAUAGGGUAUAUAAACUCAAGUUGGCCACUCUCCCCACCCAGUAGUAUUAUACAUUUGCAAGUACAUACUCCAUACUCCAAGAAGGCUUUUGAAUUGAACCCUGGGCCCUUGGUUCUGUCCCUGGAAUUCAAAUGGAUAAGCCUCCCAGAUGAGUAGUUAAACCAAAAACAUUCC